AUGGCACCCAUUCCCAUCAAGACCGUCCACAACACCACCUACCCAGCCAUCUCGCCGACUCGCCCCGAGCUAUCCACCAAAGGCAAGAAUGCUCUAAUCACCGGGGGCGGCUCUGGCAUCGGUGCCGCCAUUGCAAAGUCUUUUGCAAAGUCUGGUAUUAGCGACUUGGCUCUCCUCGGUCGCACAGAAAAGACUCUCCUCGAGAACAAAGCCGAGAUCGAGAGUCUCUACCCCGAGACUACCGUCUGGACGUACCGCGUCGACAUUGUAGACCGCGAGUCUACUCUCUCAGCUGUCCAGUCAUUUGCAAAGUCGACAAAGGGGAGCAUCGACAUUGUAGUGGCCAACGCUGGCUACAUGCCCAAGACGAACAGCAUUGCUGAUUCGGAUCCCGACGACUGGUGGCUCGGCUUUGGCAUUUCUGUCCGUGGAAACUUCAACCUCCUUCAAGCCUUCACGCCCCUUGCGGCACCCAACGCCUCCGUGAUUCACGUCUCAACCGAGGCGAUGUACAUGCAGUACAUGGAGGGCUUCUCAGGCUACCGCGCAUCCAAGCUUGCCGCCUACAAGGUCUUUGAGUACUACGCCAAGGAAAACCCCGACAAGACUGUCAUUCAGUUCCAUCCAGGUCUAAUUGCCGACACUGGCAUGACCAAGCCGAUCGCAGGCUUCAUCGAUGCGUUUGGGCUUGUCCCCGACGAUGUAACCCUUGCUGGAGACUUUUCAGUAUGGGCGGCUAGUGAGGAGGCCAAGUUUCUGAGCGGUCGCUUUGUUUGGGCUGGCUGGGAUAUUGAUGAGCUCAAGGGGCUUAAGGAUGAGCUGGAAAAGGAUGAUAGAAAGUUCACGAUUGGACUGUUGUCAUAA